AGCGUGGGGGCAACAGGUUUCCGACGCGGCCAGCAGAUGGCAUGCUCGGCGAUAACUGGCUUCAGUUGUCAAAAUACUUCGCGGCCGGCACAGUAUCACCUAUUUCACAGAAUGGAAAGUAGUCCGGCGAGAACAGCUUUGAGUAUUGUGUCUGAAGCCAAUGAGAAAUUCUGCUUCGACCUGUACAAAGCCUUAUGCAAAACUACAGGCAGUUUCCUUUACUCACCAUAUGGUCUGGAGGUUGUAUUAUCUCUUGUUUAUCUGGGAGCAAAGGAAAGAACUGCUACGGAAGUUGCUGAUACUCUGCAUCUACCACCAGACAAAAAAACAAUUUUGGAUGGUUUGAGUGAUCUCCUGAAUUCCAUCAAGUGCACUGAUGGAGUCAUGCUUCAUACUGCCAGCAAGAUGUAUAUUCAUAACAAGUUUACCAUUAUGGAGAGUUUUUUAGCAGAUGCAGCAAGAUUUUUAGCAGAAGCUGAAUUGGUAGACUUUGAAAAUGAACCAGAUAAAGCUAGAACAAUAGUUAAUGAAUGGGUGCAAAAGAAAACUGACAAUAAAAUCAAGAAUUUCAUUGCUGAUGGUGCUCUGGAUCCCGUGACACGUUUAGUCUUGAUAAAUGCUGUUUAUUUCAAAGGAAAAUGGGAACAUCCUUUUUCUAAGCAUAGCACUUUCCCUAUGCCAUUCUAUACGUCUUCAUCUCAAUCUAAGGAGGUGCCAAUGAUGCAACAAGAAAGAGAAUUUAUGUAUGCCAACUUGACAGAACUAGAAGCACAAAUACUAGAACUUCCAUAUCAGGGUAAUCAAUUGAGUAUGUUGGUGAUACUGCCUAAUCAAAUUGAUGGAAUUAAUGAGCUGGAAAAUAAAAUCAUGAAAGUUAAUCUUCAUCAAAUAUCAGACAAAUUAAAUCCCAUAAAAGUAAAUGUUUUGUUGCCUAAAUUUAAUAUAGAAAAGGAAAUUCAUCUCAAUGAAAUACUGAAACAGCUGGGAAUGAAAGAGAUUUUUGAUGAGAAACUAGCAAAUUUAAGUGGAAUAAUAGGCAGUUCACUUUUAUGUGUCAGUCAGAUAUUCCAUAAGGCAUUUAUUGAAGUCAGUGAGGAAGGAACUGAGGCAGCAGCUGCAUCUGGUGUCAUGUGUCGUCAGAAGAGAUCACUCCAGGAGGUCAUCUCAUUUACAGCAGACCAUCCAUAUCUCUUUUUUGUAUUACACAAAGACAGUAACACAGUAUUAUUUUGUGGGCGGUUUUCUUAAUUUAACAUUUUUCCUGUACCUCCAUUAUAUGAGUAAUAAAUGAUAAUAUACAUGAA